CUGUCAUUUCCCGGACAACGACUUCUCAUCAUUUUUCAUUCUCUUCUUCAUCCCAUUUGAUCCACCAUAAAGUUGCUGAGAACCAGCUUGCUGGUAGAAUGAGGAUGCGAUUCUCCACUUUGCAGUGGGAGGUCUGGAACAUCUACGUUUCUGAUCGAGUAAAGAUUUUCUUUGUUCAACCAAAUAGGAAACUUAUGGUCUACUAGAUUGAUUUUGGUGGUAAUGGCUGCAAAAGGGAUGUCAUACGUUAAAGCACAGAGGAAUAUGCAAGGGUUUACGACAAUACUUACAUCUACAGCUUGUGAAUGGGUCUUGAUUUUUCUGCUGCUUAUUGAAGCUGUCUACUCAUUUCUGUUGACAAAAUUUGCGGGUUAUUGCAAAUUGCAAUCACCUUGCAUUUUGUGCUCCAGGCUUGAUCAUGUGUUGGGCAAUGAGAGGCCUGAAUUUUAUCGGAAUCUUAUUUGCAGCAAUCACAGAUUGGAGAUAUCAUCUUUAAUUUGUUGCCAUAAGCAUGGUAAGCUUGGAGAUGGCUGUGCAAUGUGUGAUGAUUGUCUCUUGUCCUUCUCCACAAAAAAUAAUUCCAACCUAGAUAUGCACAGGCUACUUUUUGGAAAAUUGGGGUUUGAUCUUGUUGGUUGUGGUUCUCCAAGCUCAAAUCCAAACAAGGAUUUUAUUCCUAGUUCUAGGAGCAAGAGCUUGUGUUCAUGCUGCAAUAAGCCUUGGAAGUCAAGACAAAACUUGCCAAGGCUACCCCAGCUAAAAUCACCUGGAACCAGGGCAGCUAAACCUAAUCCUUCUGUGCCAUGUUUAAGCCGCCAGGAUGGCAUGAAGAAAACGAGGGGAAAAUUUUCUGGACAAUCCAUUGGAUCUUGUCUUGUCGGAAGAAGUUGUUCUGAUUCUUUAUCUCAGAUUCAAUCCAGUGAGCUGAAAAUCGCUUCCAAUUUGGAGUCAGAGUUCUUAUCCCCCGAUCAUGAUGAUGGUAAUAGUGUAAUUCGUGAUACAAAUGAGGCAAAGGAUGAUGCUGGCAAACCCCAUGAUAUAAAAUGUUUGACUUCUAAUGUGUCUAGUUGGCAUGACCUGGCUGAGUUUAACUGGCAGCAUUCUCAUCAGAAAACGUAUUCUAAUCCGCUGCCAGAGCUUAUUUCACUAGAUGAUAUUUUCCCACCAUCUAACACUUCCGAAGUUCCCACUGGAAUAUCACCAAUCAGUCAGAGCAUCAAUCCUGCUGCAAUUGCUGACCCUGUAUCUCUAGUUGAUAUGAACCCAUCUUAUGAGGCUGCAAAUGUUCCUGUUGAAGUACCACCAAGGAAGGCAAAUGUUACCAGAACAACCAAUACUCAACAUGUUCCCAUCAACCCUCAUGAGGAAAUAUUGAAGUUGCUAUAUACAACAGCUGGAGUGGGUACUAAAAAUGAUCAGGUUUUGAGUAACCUUGCUCCUGUAAGUCCAACUUCUGAGGAUCGGGGUGAUGUCUGUAAGAAGGCUGUCAAUGGUGAGGAAAGAGCAACAACUGGACUUGUUGCACUAAAAUCAAUUGAGGAACAUGAUAGAGAUGCUCAAAAUCUGAAGCUGUCAUCUGCUGAAGGGAUUAAUUUACCAGUGAAAAAUAUGAGUAACAAUGUGCAAGGUUGUGGUGAUGAAUUCCAGAUGACUGAUACUUCUAGCUCUAAUGGAAUUCAAACUGUUCAGAAGUCCAUUUUGGCAGAGAGAACUGAGUCUACUAGUCUUGAAUCAUUGGAUGGAAGUACUGUUAGUGAAAUCGAAGGUGAAAGUACUAUUGAUCGGUUAAAGAGGCAGGUUGAAUAUGAUCGUAAAUGCAUGAAUGCUUUGUAUAAAGAAUUGGAUGAAGAAAGAAGUGCUUCAGCGGUCGCUGCAAAUCAGGCAAUGGCCAUGAUUACUAGGUUGCAAGAGGAGAAGGCAGCCCUCCAAAUGGAUGCUCUACAGUACUUAAGAAUGAUGGAAGAACAAGCAGAGUAUGAUCUCGAGGAAUUGGAGAAAGCUAAUACUCUCCUGGCUGAAAAGGAUAAGGAAAUACAAGAUUUGGAAGCAGAUCUUGAAUAUUAUCGGUUAAGUUACCUAAAUGAGCCAAUGAUGCGGACUAUACAGGUGGAGAAUCAUAAUUUAAAAAAGGAAAAUGUGAAUGGAGAGAAUUUGAGUUUGAACCAUAUUAAUGGUAAUGCCAACUUAGUACCUUGUAACUCAAUGCACUCUGAGGUCUCUAAAGACAGAGAUAAACCUGAUAUCGACACAAUUUCAUGGUCAGAGUUUGUAGAUGAAAAAUUACACAUUCUGCAAUUUUUGGAUAGCUUGGAGAGGAAAUUUCAUAUGUUUGCUCAUGAGGGGAUUGUGCAUGACCUGUCUGACGGUCCAUAUUCUGAAGCAGCAGCAAACGUUGAGCACAAUCAAGGAAAACAUCUUGAUGAUGAGGGGAAUUCAUUAAGUUGUUGGACACAAAAGAAGGGUUUGUCAAUGAAAAAAGAUUUGCCUGUAUCUAAUGAGAGCAUUCCUGCUCAAGAAAGAUUGAAUGCUUUACUUGGUGAAGAUCAAGUUAUUAGUAGAGGAAACAGCUUGGUUUCAAAUGGGAAACAAGACUUCACUCGUUGUAGAGAAAAUGAUUUGGUUGCUCAUGAAAAUGAAAUUUCAGACCUCAGUGACCGGUUGAAAGCACUUAAGGAUGAUUGCAACUUUCUUGAGCGUACUUUUAACUUUCUUCAGAAUGGGAAUGAGGGGCUGUCAUUUAUUCAAGAAAUCGCUCGUCAGCUGAAAGAAAUACGAAGAAUUGGGAUACAGGGUAGAUGCAGAUCUGUUCCUUGAGUUUACAUGAAUCAUUACAGGGUAAGCAUAUUGACAAAAUAUAUACUUGAGCUGCAAAGAUCAGGAAUUAGAUUUCUCUUUUAAUGCAUCUCUCAGUGAUGCCAUUUUUAUUUUACAUAACAUCUUUCCAUAUUAAGCUCUGCCCCAAAAUAUGCAUGCCAUGUUCUUUUUCAAGAUUCUGCUUUUGCACUACAUUUAUGUUUCAUGUCUUGUGUAGUUGGGGCAAAAAGUAGGAUCAAAGAAAAGAGAAAAA